GCCGACGCUCUCUCCUGUUUCGCCUCUGUCUUCUCAACGUUACGCAGACCGCAGCCAGCAGCCAUUUUUUAUUUUCCAUUGCUUCCUCAAGCUCCUGCCUCCACGCCCCAGCCAGCAGCUUCAUCACUCCAUCAGAACUCUUCAUCGAAGAUUUGCAGAUUCGCGCCCAUUACUCCACGCCUCCACCGACCACCGUCGUCCGGCUAUUCUCCUCCGUGGCUCCGUCCGUUCACCAUUCGUCCACCAUUAUAGAUUUAUAGCCUCAGGAGUGCCUGUCUAUACCCCGAAUACACACUGCUAGUAGGUGGAGAGAGAUGCAUCAAAGAACAUCGGCAGCUAGUCGGCGGCCGUCUGGAACCGAUGGUUCCGAUUUCUCCUACCGCAUGGUGGUUGACUCCCGAUAUCAAAAAGUUGCCAAAGGAAAAUCUCGACUUUCCAAAAUCAUAUUCAUUCAGGCUAUUGUUCAAUUGAUAAUAGCAGUAAGCACAUUUUUGGCAGCAGCAAAGACAGAGACUUUGGACGGAUGUGCUUUCUCUUCUGUUGCAUUAGGCUUCAUCUCUAUUAUAAGUGGAGAAUUAGGUCAAAAGCGCAGCAGAUCAAACUUUUUGAAGUUUUAUGUGUUAGGAUCAUCGGCAGCUAUAAUAUUGCCUGCUGCGUGUUUUGCUAGGAGUCACAAUCUUUUGGAGGUUGUUCAAAAUUUGAAUAGCAUGCUGCCACCAAACCUUGAAGUCGUGAAGAUUACUGCUACUGUACUUGGAUUUGUGAUACAGAUCUUCUCAAUUGCUACAACAGUAUCUCUCAUUCAUAAUAUGGCACCUCCUAAGAGAGCUUCUUGAUGACUGGCACGAAUUCGAGAAUAGUUAAAAGUUUAGUGAUCUAUCGAGGCAUCUUCCUACCAUUUUCAGCCCCCACUCAGGUAUUUCCCGAACAGUGAAUGAAAAACAGAAGAAAAGCACCAUACUUUCACUUCAUUGUAACUUUCUUCAAUCCUUUUAUUAAUGUAGUUUUGCAGAAUGUUCUGUGUUGUUCUCUUGGAUUAAUUCUUACUGUCCAAUAGUUACCUGACUUAUGGAUUAACUUUAUAGGACAAAGUUUUGGUUUAGCUUUAAAGUCUUUAACUUGAAUAGUUACAGCUUC